AUGUAUAUGUAGUAAUAUAGUAAUAAAUAAAGUAUAACUAUAGUAUAGCCCAUUUGGGCAGCAUCCUUAAAAUUUGUGAGGUUUACAAAAUGGCCACCAAACAAAAAACACACAAAACUGGAGGUAAAAAGAUGAACAAUUCUGAAUAUCAAGUACUUCAUAAUGAUCAGAAAGAGGUUAAUAUUCCUAGAGCAAUUGCGCGAAUCUGGGGUUUGAUAUCUGGAAUUUCUUUUAUAAGCAAUGGUGGAUACCUUCUGACAGAAUCAGAUCGCGAGUCUAAGAAAUGUGUAAUCUCUGGUGCUUUAAUGAUUAUAUGGGGAUUGGUUAUUAUUAUUAUGGAAUGCAUGUGUUGCUUGUGUGCUGGUAAAACAAGAUGUUGUGAAAAGAUAGACAACUCGUUUCCUUUUUGGUUAAAAGGUCUUAUCUAUAUAAUAUCGACCUUUCCAGUAAUGAUAUUGUGUUUUGGAACAAAAACGCUAGUAUCGUCUGUUAUGGUUAUCUUUUUGGGAAUUAUUUAUUUGUUUCUUGCAUGCUUAGUAAGAAGCAAUAGAUAUCAGCGUCUCAAUUCACUUGCCCAACAACGUUUUCGUGAACAACAAAUUGCUGCAAAACUUUCGUAUGAAACCUAUUCUGCCACAAAUAACAUUUUAAAUACAAUUAAACCUAAGAACUAACUGGAUUGAAGCUUAAUUAAAACUAUUUUUCUCUGUUUUUACAAUUUUAGACAAGUAGAUUAAAUAAAGGCUUUUGAAGAUAGUUCGGAUAAAGUGAAAAGUCUGACCUUGUUAAAUUUUUAUAUAAACUGACUAUUUGUGUGAUUCAUUUUUUAUUUGAUUGAUUAGGAAUUAUUUGCAUCAUUGUUAAGAAAUAUUUUUUACUUGAAUGU